AUGGGAUGUACGAGCUCAAAGCACCGUAACCGAUGCCACCACUGCCGGCAAGGAUACUGUCCGGUGGAAAUGCGUCAAAGCCAAUCAGUUCACCACCCAUCUCAACACUCCGGCGACAGUUGCCACAUGGUUGCUCUCAGCUCCUCCAGCCUCGGCUCUCUCAAGCUCUGCGACUCGUCCUCUGACUUCAGCGGGAGCCUUGUCCCCAUCAAGGAAUCAGGAGAGCAACGACGAGCCUCAGUAAAUGGGUUUGUCCAUAGAGAGAGGCAAGAGAAGGAGAAGUUGAAUAUGGUGAUGCAGGCUAAGCUUAUGGAAGCUAAAGUAUGGUCAAGUAUGAUGAACGAGAAGAUCCCCAAGAUUGUUCCCAAGACUCCCAUCUUGACGCCUCCGGGAGAGCCGGAGACGAUCAACACAUGGGAGAUGAUGGAUGGGCUUGAAGAUUCUUUGAGCCCUAAUCACGUUAGGAGCUUCUCCUUUGAUGUGGCUUGUGAACGUCCCAAGUUGAAUGGUGAUGUAAAGCCUUUGUGGCUUCAGUUAGAGGAAGAAGGGCUUGAGGACUUUGAAGAUUUUGAUCCUGAGAUCAUUUCUUCAUUCAGGAGGUCUCUCCAAGAACUUCCUUCUGAACAUCCUUUUCACUUUCCGAUUCAUGAUUUGAAACUGAGGCCACAGUUUAAGUUCUCUGAUGAAGAAGAAGAAGAGGAAGCUUUGUGUGAGCCUACUGGUAAAGACAAGGUGAUACUCUACUUCACAAGCCUUAGAGGUAUAAGGAAGACAUAUGAAGAUAGCUGUGAGGUCAGAAGUAUACUAAAAAGUGUUGGAGUUAGAGUGGAUGAGCGAGAUGUAUCGAUGCAUUCGGGUUUUAAAGAGGAGCUUAAGGAGCUGCUAGGAGGUAAAUUCAAAAGUGGUGUUGGGAUCACCUUACCUAGAGUUUUCUUGGGGAAGAAGUUACUCGGAGGAGCAGAUGAGAUUCGGAAGUUGAAUGAAGAAGGGAAGCUUGAGAAGCUUCUACAAGGCUGCGAGAGGGUGGAAGAAAACAAAAACUGUGAUGGGCAAGAAUGUGAAGGUUGUGGAGAUGUAAGGUUUGUGCCUUGUGAGACAUGUUCAGGGAGCUGCAAAGUGUACUAUGACCAUGAAGAUGAUGAUGAUGAUGAUGAUGAAAGUGUAAAGGAAGAAAGAGAGAAUGGGUUUCAAAAAUGUCUUGAUUGUAAUGAGAAUGGACUCAUUAGAUGUCCUAUUUGUUGUGAUUAGCUUUUAGAACAUACACCACACAGAGAAACAUUAUUCUUGCUUUUGUUUGUUUUACUACAUUGAGUUUUUGAGUGCUGGAGUGUUUUUUUGCCUCUACAGAUUUUGUUGUGUACAUAGAGAUGUUUUGAUUUUGAAGAAGGUUAUAUUUCAAGUGUAAAAGUUGAAAUUAGGAUGUGG